AUGUUUCAGGACUCAGUGGCAGUUGAGGAUGUAGCUGUGAACUUCACCCCAGAGGAGUGGGCCUUACUGGAUCCUUCACAGAAGAGACUCUACAAAGAUGUGAUGAGGGAAACCUUCAGGAACCUGGCCUCUAUAGGGAAAACAUGGGAAGAUCGUGAUAUUGAAGAUCAGUACAAAAGCCUGGAGAGAAAACAGAGACAUGAAAGAACUCAUACUGGAGAGAAACCUCAUGAAUGUAAAAAAAGCAGUAAAGCAUUCACCUCUUGGAGUUCCUUUCAAAUACUUGAAAGAACUCACACUGGAGAGAAACCCUAUGAAUGUAAUAAAUGCAGUAAAGCAUUCACUUCUUCCCGUUCUCUUCGAAGACAUGAAAGAAUUCAUACUGGAGAGAAACCCUAUGAAUGUAAAAAAUGCAGUCAAAGAUUCACUUCUUCCAGUUCUCUUCAAAGACAUGAAAGAAUUCAUGCUGGAGAGAAACCCUAUGAAUGUAAAAAAUGCAGUAAAGCAUUCACUUUCCUCAGAUAUCUUCAAUUACAUGAAAGAAUUCAUGCUGGAGAGAAACCCUAUGAAUGUAAAAAAUGCAGUAAAGCAUUCACUUCUUCCACUUCCCUUCAAAGACAUGCAAGUAUUCAUACUGGAGAGAAACCCUAUGAAUGUAAAAAAUGCGGGAAAGCAUUUGCUUUGCUCAGAUAUCUUCGAUUACAUGAAAUAAUUCAUACUGGAGAGAAACCCUAUGAAUGUCAAAAAUGUAGUAAAGCAUUCACUUCUUCCCGUGUUCUUCGAGAUCAUGCAAGAACUCAUUCUGGAGAGAAACCCUAUGAAUGUAAUAAAUGCAGUAAAGCAUUCCCUUUUUCCAGUUCUCUUCGAAGACAUGCAAGAUCUCACACUGGAGAGAAACCCUAUGAAUGUAAAAAAUGCAGUAAAGCAUUCAUUUCUUCCAGUUCUCUUCACGAUCAUGAAAGAAGUCAUUCUGGAGAGAAACCCUAUGAAUGUAAUAAAUGCAGUAAAGCAUUCCCUUUUUCCAGUUCUCUUCGAAGACAUGAAAGAUCUCACACUGGAGAGAAACCCUAUGAAUGUAAAAAAUGCAGUAAAGCAUUCACUUCUUCCCAUUCUCUUCAAAGACAUGCAAGAAUUCAUACUGGAGAGAGACCCUAUGAAUGUAAACAAUGUGGUAAAGCAUUCACUUUUCUCGGAUAUCUUAAAUUACAUGAAAGAAUUCAUGCUGGAGAGAAACCCUAUGAAUGUAAAAACUGCGGUAAAGCAUUUGCUUAUUCCCGUUCUCUUCAAGAUCAUGAAAGAAUUCAUACUGGAGAGAAACCCUAUAAAUGUAAAAAAUGCAGUAAAGCAUUCACUUUUUCCAAUUCUCUUCGAUUUCAUGAAAGAACUCAUACUGGAGAGAAACCCUAUGAAUGUAAAAAAUGCAGUAAAGCAUUCACUUCUCUCAGAUCACUUCGAAGACAUGAAAGAAGUCGAAGACAUGAAGGAAGUCACGUUGGAGAGAAACCCUGUGAAUGUCAGGAAAGUGGUUAAUCCUGUAUUUGUGAUGCAAACUGUUGAGAAUAUGCAAGAAUGCACACUAGAGGAAAAACCAUGUAAA